CACACACUGCACACACACACACUGCACACACCAGGUAUUUGGAGGAGAAGCAGCAGAAGGAAGAGCAGCACAAGGAGGAGCAGCAGCAUUAGAAAGAGGAGCAGCAGGAGCCUUAGCAGAAGGAGGAGACGCAGGAGGAGACGCAGCAGAAGGAGGAGCAGGAGCUUCAUGACGGACAUGGAGGACACGUGUGAAGGGCGUGAUGGAGAGACAAAUGGACCUGUUCUGCCCAUGACCGAACUGACGAUGGCCAAAGAGCCACGAGGAGAGCCGAGACCGGGGCCGGACAUGAUAUACACCAUAGAGGACGUUCCACCCUGGUACCUGUGUGUACUGCUGGGUCUGCAGCACUACCUGACAUGUUUCAGCGGAACCAUCGCGGUUCCAUUCCUGAUGGCUGAAGCCAUGUGCGUUGGGCGCGACCAGAACACCGUGAGCCUACUGGUCGGAACCAUCUUCACUACAGUGGGCAUUACCACACUGCUUCAGACCACCCUGGGAGUCAGACUCCCUCUGUUCCAGGCCAGUGCGUUUGCCUUCCUGAUUCCUGCUCAGGCCAUCCUAGGUCUGGACAGGUGGGCCUGCCCCCCUGAUGAAGAGAUUUACGGAAACGGGAGUCUUCCCUACAACACCUCCCACAUCUGGCAGCCCCGGAUCAGAGAGAUCCAGGGAGCCAUCAUGGUGUCCAGCGUGCUGGAGGUGCUGGUGGGGUUUCUGGGCGUGCCGGGGCUCCUGCUGAGAUACAUCGGCCCCCUCACCAUCACGCCCGUCAUCUCCCUGAUCGGCCUGUCGGCCUUCAGCACCGCCGGGGAGAGGGCCAGCUCCCACUGGGGCCUGACCGCACUGUGUAUCUUUCUGAUCAUUUUGUUUGCCCAGUACCUGAGGGAAGUCUCCGUUCCUUUUCCAACCUACAGCAGGGGGCGGGGCUUCAGGGCCACCGGGAUACAAGUGUUCAAGUUGUUCCCAAUCAUUCUGGCCAUCAUGGUGGUGUGGCUGGUUUGUUACUGCCUCACGUUGACAGAUGUGUUGCCUAGCAACCCUGACCUCUAUGGAUACAAGGCCCGGACCGAUGCCCGCGGCAACAUCAUGAGCACCGCCCCCUGGUUCAGGGUCCCGUACCCAUGUCAGUGGGGGUUGCCGACGGUAACGGUUGCCGGGGUGAUGGGGAUGCUGAGCGCCACGCUGUCGGGCAUCGUGGAGUCCAUCGGUGACUACUACGCCUGUGCCCGCCUCGCCGGGGCCACGCCCCCUCCCGUCCACGCCAUCAACAGGGGGAUCUUCGUGGAGGGUCUCAGCUGCAUCCUGGCAGGAAUUCUGGGAACAGGAAACGGAUCAACUUCCUCCAGCCCCAAUAUAGGCGUGUUGGGCAUCACAAAGGUGGGCAGUCGGCGUGUGGUCCAGUUUGGGGCGCUCAUCAUGGUCCUGCUGGGUUCCAUGGGGAAGUUCACCGCUCUGUUCGCCUCAAUCCCAGACCCCAUCCUGGGAGGCAUGUUCUGCACCCUGUUCGGGAUGAUCACAGCAGUGGGCCUGUCCAACCUGCAGACUGUGGACCUUAACUCCUCCAGGAACCUCUUCGUUCUCGGCUUCUCCAUGUUCUUCGGCCUAACACUACCAAACUACCUGGACACACACCCAGGAAGCAUCAAGACAGGUGUAUCAGAGGUGGACCACAUCGUGACUGUUCUUCUCUCCACUGAGAUGUUCGUUGGAGGAAUCCUCGCCUUUUGUCUGGACAACACUAUACCAGGCACAAGAAAAGAACGAGGCCUCUUGGACUUUGAUACGACGGACCACGCCACUGUGGAUAGCUCCGCCCCUGACCACGCCCCCGGCCCCUCCUCCUAUGACUUCCCGAUAGGAAUGGGUUUGGUGCGGCGGGUGGGCUGGCUCCGCCGGCUGCCCAUCAGCCCCACCUUCCAGGGCUUCCGGGCUCGAGACCCCCCAGCCCUGUCCGCCACCAAGAUCUAGUCUAUAUCAUUAUGUAUUCAUAUAUUCAUGUUCAAGACCUAGUCUAUAUCAUUAUAUAUUCAUAUAAUCAUGUUCAAGAUCUCGUCUAUAUCAUUAUAUAUUCAUGUUCAAGAUCUAGUCUAUAUCAUUAUGUAUUCAUAUAUUCAUGUUCAAGACCUAGUCUAUAUCAUUAUGUAUUCAUAUAUUCAUGUUCAAGAUCUAGUCUAUAUCAUUAUAUAUUCAGCAUUAUGUAUAUAUAGAGCAUUAUGUAACAUAUUAUAUUAUUAUAUUUUAUCAUAAUGUUAUCUAUAUUAUCUCAUUAUAUAUUGACCAUAUAUAUAUACAUAUUAUGUUAUAUAUUUAUCAUAUUUUAUGUUUUUGUAUUAUAAUAUUGAUCAUUAUUUUACGAUUAUAUAUAUUAUGUUCUAUAUUAUUACAUAAGUAUCAUUAUGUUAUCAUAUUAUUAUAUAUUAUCUAUCAUUAUGUUACAGUAUUAUUAUAUAUGAUAUCAUAUAUUUAUUAUUGUAUUACCGGUACAUACAUUAUAUUAUGUUAUUAUAUUAAAUCCAAGACAUGCUGCAAGUCAUAAUUCGCCAGAAGAGGAAACUGUUUACAUAUUUCUAAACAAAUAAAAACAACUAUUCAAUGUGUGGAAACAUUAAAGUUGCAGUACAUUACAUUUAAACUAGCUGGCAGUGUUAUAUUACCUGGACAUAUCGUAGUCAAUGCUGAUCGAGGUUGUUCUUAAUGUCUUCAAUAAAAUAAAAUCCAAACUGA